UAAGUACCAAGAUGGCUGCUCACUCGGGAGGAGCUGACUGGGCUGCUGUUUUAAAACCUUUUCUUUCAUCAUCAAGUGAAACUGUUAACAAAAAUGAUGUGCUCAAUUUUGCAAAAACCAUCAUACAAAACGAAUUCGAAAUCCUGGAACAUGAACCUUCUCACAAGCAGUUUUUCGAUUAUCUGGUUGCAUUGGCAGCCGAAAACAUCUCUAAUCAGGUCACUUCGCUAUCGCAAGCACAACUUCAACAACUAACGGAAGCUUCAUCAAUUUUAAUCCGUUAUGUAAUUCAACACCUGGAUACGACCUCUCCAUGCAAGCCAAGCAUUUUGUUGAUGGCUCUCAAGGCUCUAUGUGAACGUAAAAAGCCCGAAGAAGCCACCAACAAUGCAUGCUUGGGCUUAUCUAUCCUGUCCGUAUCCGGCAUGAAGUACCUGAAGUAUCCGGAAAUCCCAGGCAGUAAAACAUCAUCGGUUGGUGGUCCUGGCGGUGGCAGCGUCGGUAGUUCCGGGACUGGUUCUGUCGAUAAAGACAGCCCGAAGGCGGAAAUGAAACGUUCCCGUUCAGAUUUAUCGACGGCAAUUUUACAGCAGCUGACGAAACCGCUCUUCAGCUGGCCAUUGACUUUUGUUGCCCUCAGCGAUGAGCAGAUCGAUUGUACGGAGCUGUUUAUCAAACAAAAUCUACAGUGUAUGCAACUGAUGAAUGCCGGUGAUUCGUUGCUCGCUUGGUGCACAACGGCACUAACAACGUUGGCCAAAUAUCGCUUCAAGUACGAAGAGUGCACCAUGUUGGGUCGUCCGCUGUAUCUGCCGGUCACGAACACAGAGGCAAACGCCGUCAAGUCUGCUUUCAGUCAUAUGGAAUCGGACAUUUCCAAUCUGCUGGUCGCUAUGUCACUUCCGCUGCUCGAGCCUUUGACGCCGAAGAAAAUCAACCUACUGUCACAGUGUGCCAUGUCGGCACUGUACUGCGCUGUGCUGGCCUCGACUGCUGUCAGUGUUGUUACCAUGGCAUCGGCUGGUUCACAGAAGUCGGCCUCUUCCAGCCAACUGCAGCAAGCACAGUCCUCUCAGGUAGGCGGAGUCAGUAGCCAGUUACAAAAAGAAAACGAGGAUGAAGAAGACUUCGCACGCGUUAUCGUCGACAAAGCGUUGGAGAUUUUCACCAAGAUCGGCAACCGCCUGAAAGCAUCAACCCGCACGCACAUUUAUCAGAAUCACAUCUGUAUGGGCGCGUGGCUGUUAAUUUCCGGCAUCCAAGGAACAAUGGGAGCAUCGGGAAACACUAGCGGGCUGCAGCAACAGAUGGCUCCGGUGUCGUCGGCAAAGGCAUCGGAAGAUAAUCUGAAAGGGCGAAGCCCACUGAAAACGCUCGAUGUACCGCAGAUGGCAUCCACUGCGCAACCUGCGCCCGCUUUGCGCGUGAAUCUUUUCAAGGUGCAGCAAGGCUUCGGUGUGCUAAAUGCGGCCAUCGCACGCCACAGCAUCACGCUGCUCACAGAGUUGAUUGACGAUCUGAAGAUAGAUUCGCGUACGGACGAAGAAGAGUACAGUAGCAUCGAAUCAGCCGGGUUCGAUAUUCUUGGACAGUACACAUCCAUACAGCGCGUUGUCCGUGUGCUAAACAGUGCUACACUGCAGCAGCUGCUAACCUUCCUGGCUACGGUUUCGUAUCGCAAAGCUUGCACGCUCCGUCGUAUCAACACCAAAAGCAACAACGAUGGCGAGCCAAUGAGCUACAGUGAUUCGACAACUUACUUCAAUGAUACAUUCUCUUGCUCGGAGGAAAGUGAACCGGAGGAAGAGGACAGCGAUAGCUAUCUGGGCCUAUGGUUCAAGGAAACCCUUUCCCCUGAAGCGAACGAAGAAAUGACCGACUCGCAGGAGCAAGAAAACAAGGACGAAAAAGGGCGUCAUGGAACUACGCUCGUGCCGGCGAAGGACGAACCGCACGAGUAUCUCAAUUUGGCUUCCGUGAUAUUUAACUUCUUUGAUGUGUCGCUUGGUGGAAAUCACGUCUUUUUGGUGCGGUACGUUAAAACAGGCCUCAGCGAGCAACAGAUGGUGCUGAUGGCUAACAUCCUACGCGAUCUCGACCGUGAUUCUGCCCGUGGCGAACCGGACAAUUCCGGCUGCCUGCAGUGGCAGAAUGCGAUGGUCAAAUUUGCCGGAGCAGUUGGCCGCUACCUGCACAAUUUAAUUUCGAACUCCCUCCUCAACGAAUCGCUCCAGUCCGCUCUGCUGCUGCAUCUUGGUGUGUCACCAUGGACGCAGGACUCAAACAUUUGGCCGUUGCAGGUGUACUCUCGCACGCUUGCCGUCCUGGCGCAGAUUCUUUUGCUGAAACCCCCGCAGGAAAAGGAAGCUGCUUGUCUAUCCGUAUGGCACCGUCUUGUCAACACACUCGUCGAAGGUGUGUGUUCGACGCAGACCAUCCCAAAUGAGUCGGAAAUCGAAGAUCUAAAUGUAGAACACGCCCAGCUGCUGCUGUUCCUGUUCCACUCGCUAAAUCUGAUGCAGAAAAAGUCGAUUCUUCUCCUGACGGCCGGUGGAGUGAUUCGUUGUUCGGAGGUUUGCCGCAGCGUGACGUCCGAUAAACCGUUGCGUGAUCAUCAGAUCAUGCUUCUGUCGCGUUUGCUACUUUUCCUCGAGUAUCUCAUGAAGCACCUGUACAAUCCUCCUAACGUGCUGCUGGAGCAGGUGCGCUGGAACUUGUUCAGCGUGUUCACGCUCGACAGCGAGCAGAAGCUGGCCGAUCUGGUGAACUACAAAACCAAACUCAUGUCGUUCUGCCGCAAAGACAUCGAGGACAAACAUCGCAAGCUGGCAAACGAGUUCAGCGUUGGUGGUGUCAAACCGAAAUUUUAUUCGCUCACCACGGUCGAGUCAAAGGUGCAGCAGGAGUUCAAACUCGACGGUUUGGCCUGGAACUUCAUUCUUUGCACUCCAGACAAGUUGAAGUAUCCAUGGCUGAUCGAUGCGUUGAUCGACAUCUUGGGCAUCACGGACAUGUGCCUGGCACGCAUUCCCUUCCAGACACUGUGUGCUGUGCAUUACUGUUUCAGUCUAUGUUGGAAGCUUCUGCUCGGACUCCCACCAUCCACGCAGCACGUAGAAGCGUUGAUGCAGGAGAAACCGCCGAACUUGCACUCCCUGCUGUGGUCCAUCCGGUGCCUGCAUCCAAUCACCCAUUCGCAUUAUCUGAUCGUGAACAGUCUCGUAAAACAAGGCAUGUACACUCAGUCAGCUGAGGCUAUGUGGCUCCGAUUGACGGAGCACAUUUCUGACGUGAAAUACAGCUUGAAAAUGACACUGCUCGGGCUGGAAUCUUUUGCAAAAAGUUUUUCAGCCGAACAACCGCGGCUUUCGAAGAUCAUCCUUCUGGACGGCUUGGUAUCGCACUUGUACGCCGUGUGUUGGGCUGAAAAGGAGGGAGUUAACGUAAAAAUAAACAAAACAACCGUCAACACGGCAACAUCUGCCGCAGCAACAGGGGUAAUAAAUGUCCCUUCUACCGGAGCAGGGGCAACGAAUGAUGGUAGUACAAGCAGCGCGGGAUCCGUUGCCCAGGCGGCUUCAGGUACUCAGGCGGGACAGUCCGUCGUGGGGACUGGUACGCCAUCGAGUGGCUCUUCCGGCGCUAAUCCAUCAGAAGUGUCCCGUGUGGAGCUCACGAAAAACCUCAUGCACGCUCUGUUGGAUGCUGUUGAAAUUGUUCGGGAGGCAACCUAUAAAACCAUGUUCCAGAAUUUGAGUGGGCAAAUACCUUCCUGCUUGAUCGAACCGCUGAUCGCUAUCGCUGGCACGAAAAAUCCCUUCUGUCCAGAUCUCGCCCAGCAAUUGGUGGCCUGCAUCACUGGCCACGAUAAGGACAUAAUAACGGUUGAUUGGCGCAAAAAUCUACUCAAUGUAAAUGAGGAUAAUUUCGCCAGCGGCUCGUUCCCCGUAGAGGUGCACACGCUCACCGUCAUCGAUGCACAUUUGACGGAACUUUCCAAACAUCUUUCCUUCUCCGUGCUGCUGUCGCUGAAGAACUCGCUGAAGUCGGCCGUAAACCUCAUCUACUACAUGUUGAACUACGACGACGCGAAGCUGGACGAGCGCCUGAAAGAGAUCCUCAUACCGAUGAUUUUCGAUCUCCGCACGGAGUACUUGUACGGUUCGAUCCAUAAGUGUUUGGAGUCACUGUUGGGUGGAGACAGCAACUGUGAGGCCUAUCAACUGGCUGCCUUUUCGAACAUCAUCCGGCACAGCUACCAGUUUCUGAUCGAGUAUACCGACCUUUGCGCAACCGGUCGCUCGACAAACAUCGACGAAUCGGUCCUGUGUAGUAUUCUCAAGUACUGGGAAUCGUUGCUCGACAAGCCGAUGGGGUUGCGCGCGAUGCGCAACUUUUUCUACGAAUCGAAGGCCGGCAACUUGGUGCAGAUUCUGCUCUCCUUCACCGGUACGAACAUUUCGCAGGCGUACUCUACGCGGGUGUUGCAGUUUUUCGAAAAGUUGUUUCUGGCGGCCGAAAAGCUCGACGCGUUGUUCGACGAGGAGGAGCUUUGCAUCUGCAUCGGCGAUCUGGCGAAUACAGAUAGUGCCCGUUUGAAGAGCUGGCUAAGCCACAUCUUGCUCGGUCCGGGAGGCAUCAGUCUGACGGCGAAUGCAUCGAACAACUCUAGCAAUGUGCCGACGCCGACGAACAUGGCCACCGUUUCAGCGAUGCCAAGUAUGACCGAUCAAACGGCGGCCGUCAAUGGUGGAGCGGGCGUUUCGGAAACCACUACCACCGCCGCAAACGCCCCAACUACAACGGAAGCGGACCAACAUGACGCGAUGGAUAUUGACUAUGAAUGUAUGACGAAAGGAGGAAGCGGAGGAUGGCAAGUGGCCGCUACGAGCUGUGGCAAAGGAGGUCCUAUGGACGAGGCGUCAGGCGAGGCAUUGGAACGAAAUGGGAAGCUGUUGCAAUCGCUCGUAAAGUAUAUCGUGGUGGAGAACCGCAUUUCAUCGUCCGUGUCGGAGGCACUGUUUCAGGCACUCAUUCAGAUCGGCCACAAUCUGCUCUCGCCGACGCAGGAAGCGAUCGAAUUUUCCGACCUACUGCAAGUGAUGAUAACGCUGGCGGAUGCGGGUAAAGGUCGUGGCCAUGCAUUGCUUUUUGCCGCCGCCAUCGACUGGCUGGACGUUUGCCGUGGGCAAGUACUGGAUGCCGGGAAGAGCGGCUCCAGUGGGUGGAGGGCCGCGAUCCAACUGAACAACGUGACCGCGAUACUGAAGUAUAUGAACGAUCUACUGGUUGGGCUGGGUACGAAAGGAAGCCGCACGUUCAGCCCACCGUGGGACGACGAAUCGCCGCUCGAGGCGGACGAUAUCCUGGAAGAGUUGACCGGAGGAGUGGACGAGGAGGAAAGCACGGUAGAGGACUCGGACGAAGAUAGUCUAGGCAACAAGCUAUGCACGUUUUCGAUCACGCAGAAAGAUUUUAUGAACCAACACUGGUACUACUGUCACACGUGCAAGAUGGUGGAUGGGGUCGGCGUGUGCUCGGUUUGUGCACGCGUGUGCCACAAAAACCACGACAUCAGCUAUGCGAAGUAUGGAAACUUUUUCUGCGACUGUGGCGCCAAGGAGGACGGGUCCUGUCAAGCGCUAAGCAGGCGCAGUGCCUCGGGACACGGAGAGGAGUCGAUCCUCGGCUCGUCAUCUGCCGCUGGCUCGCUGCUGCCUAGGUCUUCGGAUGCCGAUAGCGUCCUGCUUACGACUGCCGGCAGUUCCAUCCGACGGCGUCGUGCGUCGAGUCCUUCGCACGAAAGUGGUUCCGGCACGAGCCGUGCAGGUCAAGGCUUUACGUCCGAGAAGGAGCAACAACUGAUGAAAAUCAUCGAAUCAUCCCGGGAAGCACUCAAUAACCCUGGCCAGUGGAAGACAGUGGUGCGGUGCAUCUUGGCGUUCUUUAACACGCUAAUGCCAACGAUAAAGGAUCACUGCGCGCGUUACUCCCCGGUCGGAUGUUUCUGGCGCGCGAAGAGCGCUAUCGAGCGACUGCAUCGGCCCGAAAAGUCGUACGUUCUGAGCGAUGAAAUCAUGAUCGCUACGCUCGGCUCGCAGGAGGGAGCGUUUGAAAACGUUCGCAUGAACUAUUCCGGCGAACAGGGCCAAACGAUCAAACAGCUCCUGUCGAACAACAUGGUGCGCCGCGUGGCCCUUUGCUGCUUAGCAUCGCCGCACGGUAAGCGACAGCAGUUGGCCAUCUCGCAUGAGAAGGGCAAGGUUACGAUCCUACAGCUAUCGGCGCUGUUGAAGCAGGCGGACGCGGCGAAGCGAAAGCUAACGCUCACCCGACUUGCAUCGGCUCCGGUUCCCUGCACCGUGCUCUCGUUGGCCUCCAAUCCGGCCAACGAAGACUUCCUCGCCGUGUGUGGACUGAAGGAGUGUCACAUUCUUACCUUCACCAGCUCGGGCACGGCAACCGAUCACAUCGUGCUGACGCCGCAACUUGAGACGGGCAACUUUAUCAAGCGCGCCAUCUGGCUUCCAUCGUCGCAAACGAAGCUGGCCCUGGUGACGGCGGACUUUGUGAAGAUAUACGAUUUGGCCGAGGACAGCUACAGCCCGCAGUACUACUUCCUUGUUCCGAGCGGCAAGAUUCGGGACUGUACGUUCAUGUACGACGCGGAUGGCACGUACCAUAUGCUGAUCAUGUCCUCCCUGGGCUACAUCUACACGCAGCCGUUGAGCGCCGAAAGUCUAGCCAAGCAUGGGCCCUUCUACGUAACUAGCACCCUCGAGCUCGACCAUCCGCUGAUCACAGACGACAACAACCAGAUCCUGGCGGGAGGUGUUUCCAUCUACUACUCGCACGUGUUGCAGCUGCUCUUCUUCAGCUACACUGCAGGGCGCAACUUUAUGGCCCCGCUGACAGACAUCAACGAGGGCGUCAAGUGCGUCAUCAAUCUGGUGUGCAACCCGAGCUCGAAGCUGUUCUCCAAGGCGACGACCCAGCCGCUCUGCCAGUGGACCGAAAUUCCCGGCCACCCGGGGCUGGUCUGCGCGAUGAUGCAGAACCUCAACAAUCCGGUCAUCUUCAUGAUCAAACCGGACGGCUACAUGGCGCAGGAGAUCAAGGCGCAGAAUGCGAAGGCAAAAAUUAUGGACAUGGUAGCGAUUCGGCACAGUGUUUCGGGCGUCGAAAAAACGACCCUCAUUCUGCUGUGCGAGGAUGGAAGUCUGCGUAUCUAUGCGGCGCACCCGGAAAACACGGGCUACUGGCUUUCGCCGGAAGUGCAGCCGAUCGGGUUGCAACAGACGGCACUCGGUAGCGGUGGAGUGCUGUACGGUAAAUCGGCUCGAAAAUCGAAAAAAUCCGGCAAACAUGCCAACCACGGAGGCUCGGGCGGUUCAUCCUCGUCGGCAUCGGGAAAGGCUGGCACCGGCUCCGCACCCGUUUUCCCGAUCGAUUUCUUCGAACACUGCACCCUGAUGAACGAAGUUGAGUAUGGCGGUAACGAUUUACUGCAGAUUUACAACACGCAACAUCUGAAGCAUCGGCUGAACUCAACCGGCUUGUACGUAACAUCGACUAAAUCGACCGGAUUCACUCUCGAUGUCAUCAACAAUGAUCAGAACCUGGUCAUCACAGGCGUCCGUAUUCAAAUCGGAUCACAAGAUGUGAUGAAAGCUCCACAUCGUGUGACCAUUCUGGGCCGAUCGGUCACGACUACGGCUGUGCGGGCCCGCUGGUUCGACAUCCCGCUAACGCGAGAGGAAAGUUUGCAGUGCGACAAAAAGCUUAGCAUCCACUUUGGCCCAUCGGCGGAUGCGGAACAAAUCACCAUUCUCGAUAGUAUCAAGAUUUACGGCAAAACGAAGGACGUUUUCGGAUGGCCCGAGGAGGCAGAAGACGUCGCCGGCGGUGGUGGUGGUGGUGGAAGUGCUGGUCCGUCGAGUAAUGGUGCAUCGGGAAGCGCGAACGGUACCUACGGAAUGUACAUGACCUCACUCGACCGUAUGCUUUCCAGCAUGCUGCACGUACUGGACAGUGGCAUUUCACUGCUCGGUGGUCCGGGAUGCGAGGACAAUUAUCGCCAGACGGCGGUCGACGUGGCUACGAAUUUGAUACUUUUCCCCACGGUGAACGUGGUGCAGCAGAAUGCACGCAAUGUGCUCAUGACCUGUCAUCAGAGCAAGGCCGCGUACCAUGCGUACAUGGACAAGGAGAUCCUGAGCCACAUCUACAACCAAUUGAAGCAAAUGUACGAAUCGACCGAGUGCGGCGAUGUCGAUCCGGAAGAGUUCUACCGCGCAGUCUUGAUGAUGCGUAGCAUCGCCAUCCAGCGGCCACAGGCUAUGGCGAAAAUUUGCGCCGACCAGCAGAUGGACAUCCUGCCACUGAUAAUGGUACUGAUGAAAGAGUUGUAUCGCAUUACGCCUGCCUUCGAGGAACCGAUAGCUAUAGUCAAGCGUGGCCUUUGCCACGUGGAGGCGGUUAUUUACUCGUUGGUCGAAAUCAUCUACGCAUUCGCGCUGGCCGAUGCCGAACAAGUCGACCGGAUGACGAAGUUGUUCGUGCAGCUGCUACUAGACGCAGCGCCGAUCAUUAGUCACAGUGCAAAGCAGGCCAUGAUACACCUGCUGCGGCCAAAGGUAAAACGACGCAAGGUCGUACUGAUCGAAAGCCCCCCCGUUUGCUCGACUCCAACCCCGUCGGCAGUGGCGGGACCAUCAGGGACAUCUUCAGCGGCGUCUGCUGCUGCUGCUGCUUCCGCUCCUGCGUCUUCAUCUGUACAAAGUGGACCAUCAUCAUCUGCCGGACCAUCAUCAAGUGGUGCAAGUGGAAGUGGUGGCUCUGGCGCGGGUGCUGGUCCAAGUGGCCAGGCGAACGAGGACUUUGCAGCAGCUGCCGCCGCAGCGGUCGGUGGAAUGCAAGAAGUAGAUGCUAUCGAAUCACUCGGACUAGAACCGGGUGCUGGCCAUCCGGCGCUGGCGUCAUUGGAAACGCUGCUCGGAGUGGGUUUUCCGCAACUGCUCGAAACACCGGAUGCGGACGAUGACACAAUCAUGGAGAUCGCAAUUGCGCUGAGCCUGCAGGAUAACGAGGCUGAUCUGCAGCUGCUUCAGCAGAGCAUCGCGAACUAUCAAGGACGCAAUCGAAACCCGGCGGCGGUGCAGGGUCUGGCGGCAGCCAUUGCCGGUGGGUCAUCGUUUAACGCGGAAUCAAACGCUUCGGGCGGUGGCUCGGACGAUGACGAAAUAUCGAACGUUGCUACGGAAGGGUCGACCCUGCGCACUUCUCCGGCUGGUGAGCAUGCAGGUAGCGGCAGUGGCGGAUCGGAGAGUGGUUGCAGUGGAGUAGAAAGCAUCGGCGGCACCUCGGGCAGAAGCUCAACCUACGAGGAACAACCGAAUCCGUCGCCUCCACGCACCUCCGUGGUGGAUCAGAUGCAGCCGCAAACGUCGUCCGGUCCGGCAGCAUCGACUUCCUCUGCCGCACCGCCGGCGCCCCAAGCGACCGCAGCCGAGUCGAACGAGACGACGACGGACAGUGGUGCAGAAAACGCGAGAAAACUGCAUGUCCUACGCUUCUCCAUCCUCAGUCAAAUGGUCGAUAACUUUUCCGCACUGGAUACAGUCACUGGCGCUCAGUGUAUUCCGUUCAUGCAGGUCGUUCUGAUGCUUACUUCCGACCUUGAAGGUUCGCAGGAAGCAGAUCAACAAGUGCUCAACCGUCUGCUGCAAGCGUUGAUUGAUCGUCUCGAGAUUCCAUCGACGAAGCUCUACCUGAUGGCCAACCGUAGCCCAAAGACGGAAGUGCAGCUCGUUGUGUUACGUUUGAUCGGCGUGCUCAUGGGCAAGGUGAAGUCGAAAUCAUCAUCAUCCGCCGCCGCUGCCGCCGCGACCCUGGACAACGCCACGUAUGUGGCGCAGGCCACCGCGAACGCUCUGAUGAAACACAACGCGAUUCCGUACUGCCUGAUGAUAAUGGAAUCAUUUUUACCACAUUGGAAAAACGCCCCGACCACGACCUCGGGCGAUGACCCGGCAACCGCAGCAGCGUUACCUGCAUUGGUGUCUGUUUCGAACGCAUCGAAUUCCUCUUCCGCUGGUGGAUCCGCCGGUGGAAGUGCUGCGACCGCUUCCGGCAGUAGUGCCACUUCGAACGUGCUGCUCAAGCCAACACUCUACGGUAUCGUACCGGACAUGCAGCCGUUCUUCGCGCGCCCCUUCCCCAAAGGCUCGAACGAUGUGUUCGAGAUGUACGCACAGAUCCUGACCGAGAUGGCCGUGCGUUUGCCGUACCAGAUCCUCAAGCUCUCUUCGGGGCACCCAUCGACGCACGAGUGGUAUCACUCGCUGUGCGAGUACAUGACGGCAACGCUGUGCGAGUACAUGAUGUACAUGCAAUCGCCGGUCCUUCGGCGCCAGGUCCGCAAGCUGCUGCUGUACAUUUGCGGCAGCAAGGAAAAAUAUCGUCAACUACGCGACCUCCACUCGCUCGAUACGCACAUGAAGGCGGUCAAGAAGUGCUGCGAACAGACAUCCGUUACCGGCAGCAGCACGCAUACAACGAUUCUGAGCUACGACGCGCUGGUUGAGCUGACGGAACAUUUCCGCGCCUGCCAGGAGAUUGCCUCGAUUCGCACCGGCAACUGGCAGAAGUUCUGCGUGCGCAACGCGGACAUACUUUCCUCGCUGCUGAACAUCAGCACGUACCAGCUCGAAGAGGGCGUAUCAACCAUCAUUCUUCAGCUGCUGCAGUCGGCAAUUUGCAAUCCGACUGGUGCGGCGGUCGUGCAAGCUCCGCCUUCUCUGAAGUCCGCGUCAGCGUCCUCCUCCGGAGAUCGUGACAAGUCGGAGGAAUCGGACACGGCGGCCGCUCCCUCCGAGUCCAAGUUUGAUCCGGCGCAUUGCAUCGCGCUGGUGGUACAAAUUUUCAACCAGAUCGCGCCGGCCAAUUUGAGCAAGUUCAUCCGAAGCUUCCUGCUGGAAACGAACUCCACGUCGAUCCGCUGGCAGGCGCACAGUCUGGUGUACGCGUUCUACGAAAACAGCGCGGACCUGCACAAGGAGACCCUCCUGCAAUGCCUUUGGGACCUGUGGCCACUGCUGCCAGCGUACGGGAAGCGAACGGCGCAGUUUGUCGAUUUGCUCGGUUUCCUGACGCUCAACACCCGCUCCCUGAUCGACAAGCUGCCCGGCUACACGGCCCAGGCCGUGUCGGUACUGAGGCAGCAGAACGAGCUGCUCUCGAAGCACCCGAACGCUCCGAUCUACACCGCACUGGGGCAGGUGCUGGAGCUUGAAGGGUUCUACCUGGAAUCGGAACCGUGCCUGGUGUGCAACAAUCCGGAGGUACCGUUCUCCAACAUCAAGCUGUCGACGGUGAAGGUGGACUCGAAGUUUACCACGACCACGACGAUCGUGAAGCUUGUGCAGAGCCACACCAUCUCGAAGAUCGUACUGCGAAUUGCCGACUUGAAGCGCGCGAAGAUGGUGCGGACCAUCAACAUCUACUACAACAAUCGCACGGUGCAGGCGGUCGUGGAGCUCAAAAAUCGCCCCCUGAUGUGGCACAAGGCGCGCAAGGUAACGCUGCAGUCGGGACAGACGGACGUGAAGAUCGACUUUUCGCUGCCGAUCACGGCCUGCAAUCUGAUGAUCGAGUAUGCCGAUUUCUACGAAACGGUCAGCGGAUCGAGCGAGAGUCUGCAGUGUCCGCGCUGCAGUGCGGUCGUGCCGGCCAAUCCUGGAGUCUGCGGAAACUGUGGCGAAAAUGUGUUCCAGUGCCACAAAUGUCGCGCGAUCAACUACGACGAAAAGGAUCCGUUCCUGUGCCACUCGUGCGGCUUCUGCAAGUACGCCAAGUUCGACUACAGCAUCUACGGGCGAGCGUGCUGCGCGGUCGAUCCGAUCGAGUCGGCCGAGGACCGAGCGAAGACGGUCCAAUCGAUACACACCUCGCUGGAGAAGGCCGACCGGUCGUACAAGGCGCUGCAGAACAACAAGCAAAUUCUCGAGCUGCUCGUGCAGAAGGUGUCGGAGCAUAAGCUAGACCGCGUACUAGACGAGACGCUGCUGGGCGCGUCGGUCAGUGGCGGUGCAUCGGCGGUGGUUGUCGGUGGCACAUCGCAGGUCAACAAGGUGAUACAGCUGUUGGCGCAAAAGUAUUGCGUCGAAUCGAAGACGACCUUCGAAGAGCUGAGCAAGAUCAUCCAGAAGGUGCAAGCGUGCCGCAAGGAGCUGGUGGCGUACGAUCGCAGCCAGCUGGACGCACCACUUCCCUCGUCAAUGUCGGCCAGCUUCGCUUCGGGCACUACGCCGAACAGACCACCCGUCGUCGCGCUGAACAAAUGCUAUGGCUGUGCGCUUGCCUCGACCGAGCAGUGUCUCACGCUGCUACGCGCAAUGGCCUCGAAUAUGGCCUGCCGAGUGGGACUUUGCAGCCAGGGCUUGGUGCAGGAGUUGGCCAUGAACAAUCUGCGCCGUGGAACGCACCAACUGCAGGACGAGGUACGUCAGCUUUUGUGCCUGCUUACGCGCGAUCUUCCAGAAGCCACCGAUGCCCUGUGUCAGCUGCUGCAGGAUCGUGUCAAAAUGGCCCUCUCCGGUACGGUGCCACUGGCCAGCCUGGACUCGGCCGUUCGCCACGAGAUGGCACUUCUGGAAGCGAUGACCGGGCAGGACGAUAGUUGCUGGGAAACGAAGUUGCGCACCGUAAUCGAACUGUUCCUGCAGGCAUCUCGUGACGCUCGCGGUCCCGCAACGGCCGUCAUACACCCCUGCUUGCGUAUCGUCCAGUCGCUGAUUUGUCCUCCGCUCGCGACGGCCAGCAGCAGCAGACAUCACCAGGCGCACCAUAAGCACGAGCAGAACGUGUCGCAGCAGCUGCAGGACCUCUGCACGGUUCAGCCAACCGAAGGAAUUACGGUCAGCUAUGAAAAAUGGAUCGCCGGCGAUGCGAAUCACUCGUUUGCGGCCUGGAAAGCCCGAAUGCCACCGACCCCCAGCGCGGCGGUGCCCCCACGUCGUGGCGCAGACGAAGCAGCAGGACAACAGGGUUCGUCGCUUCCACUGGGAACGUCAGCGUUCCGGACGGCGUUGGAACAACGGCGGUCCGUGGUGAGAAACGCUUACCUGUCGGAAAAGUACGGCAGACGUUGGCACCAGAGGACGCUAGCCAAGGGUGUCCCAUCGAUCCCGGUGGAACUGCAGGCUGCCUGGUUGCAACCGAUUCUGUUCAACACAAACUCCCGCCUCGGCCGUCAGCUAGCGUGUGCCCUUAUAACGUCGCUCAGUCGCACCAACGAACGCAAGCGGGAGCUGCUUGAUCUGCUGACCGGAUUCUUGCGCUACGUCGGCGAAAGCGGAGAGGCGAGCGCAGAAUUUAUAGCGCUAUAUCGUAUGCUGGCAGACGAGAGUCCCUGGCGGCAGUAUCUGGCGCUGAAGGGCGUCCUGUCGCUGCUCGUCCAGCUCGUCACCGUGGAAAUCGAAAAGAUCCACUGCCUCGAGGAAACCACCCUCUCGACGGACCUGGCCCAAGGUUACGCCCUACGCCAGCUAGUGGAGCUGAUGGCCCUGUUCUUGGACAACGCGCAAAUCCGCAAAGCGUACAAAGGGAAGCUGCUGGGUCCGGUGCUGCAGGGAUACCUGGACCUGCGGAAGCUCAUCGUGCAACGUACGCGUCAAAUCGAUGACGCUCAGGAGAAGCUUCUGGAGAUGCUGGAGGAAAUGACGACGGGUACCGAGGAAGAGACGGCCGCUUUCAUGGCGGUCUGCAUCGAUACGGUACGCCGUACGCCGACGACGGACGUCAAGACGCCGGUGUUCAUGUUCGAGCGACUCUGCUCCAUCAUACACCCGGAGGAGAACGACGUGGGCGAAUUUUUCCUGACGCUCGAGAAGGAUCCGCAGCAGGAGGACUAUCUUCAGGGGCGCAUGCUGGGCAACCCGUACCCCUCGAACGAGGCGGGACUCGGCCCACUGAUGCGGGAUGUGAAGAACAAAAUUUGCAUCGACUGCGAGCUGGUGGCUCUGCUGGACGACGACAACGGCAUGGAGCUGUUGGUGCAUAACAAGAUCAUUAGCCUGGACCUGCCCGUCAAGGAGGUGUACAAGAAGGUGUGGCUGCAGGAAGGUGGCGAACGGGACGGCAUGCGUAUCGUGUACCGUAUGCGCGGCCUGCUCGGCGACGCUACGGAGGAGUUCAUUGAGACGCUGAACGCCAAGAGCAAGGAAGAGGUGGACAACGAACAGCUGUACCGCAUGGCGAACGUGCUGGCCGAUUGCGACGGGCUGAAGGUGAUGCUGGAACGCAUCGGCAGCCUGCAGAAUGUGUCGCGAUCGCGCACGCUGCUGCAAGUGCUGCUGAAGUUGUUCCUGCUCAGCGUGAAGGUUCGCCGUUGCCAGGAGGUGCUGUGUCAGCCGGAACUGGGGGCCAUCAAUACGCUGCUGAAGGUGCUCCAGCUUUGCCUGCAGAGUUCGGAAAGCGAUGCGCAGCAGUCGGCCGUUACGGAGCAGCUGCUCGAGAUCAUGGAGACGAUUCUUUCGAAGGCGGCCUCCGAUACGUUGGACACGUUUUUGCAGUUCUCGCUGACGUUCGGCGGGCCAGAGUACGUGCAGGCGCUGCUGUCGUGUACGAAUUGCUCCAACGUGCGCUACAACCCGUCGGUCCUGCGACAUUUGAUCCGCGUGCUGGCCGCCCUGGUGUACGGCAACGACAUCAAGAUGGCCCUCCUGUGCGAACACUUCCGGGCGGUGUUCGAUUUCGACCGCUUCGAUGCGGAGCGUAAUGCGGAGGAGGAGUUUAAGAUGGAACUAUUUUGCGUACUGACGACCGGCAUCGAGCACAACUCCAUCGGAGGCACCCUGAAGGACUACAUCAUGGGGCUGGGAAUCGUGGAGAAAGCCUUGGCUUACAUUACGGUGCAUGCGCCCUGUGUAAAGCCAACGCUGCUGCGCACCGACUCGGACGAGUUGAAGGAGUUUAUCUCGCGUGCGUCGCUGAAGUAUAUUCUGCGCUUCCUCACGGGGCUUGCCACCAAGCACGAGGCUACCCAGCUGGCGGUGGCGCAGGACAUCAUACCUAUCAUUCACCGGCUGGAGCAGGUAUCGAGCGACGAGCACGUGGGCUCGCUGGCGGAAAACCUGCUGGAAGCGCUCUGCACCGAACCGGCCACGGCCAAGCGGGUGCAGGAGGUGCGCGACUUUACCCGCGCCGAGAAGAAGCGGCUGGCGAUGGCGACGCGCGAAAAGCAACUGGACGCGCUCGGUAUGCGCACCAACGAGAAGGGUCAGGUGACGGCGAAGGGUUCCAUCCUGUCGCAGAUCGAGAAGCUGCGCGAGGAAACGGGCCUAGCGUGCUUCAUCUGUCGCGAAGGGUACGCCUGCCAGCCGAACAAGGUGCUCGGCAUCUACACCUUCACCAAGCGUGCCAACGUGGAGGACUUCGAGAUGAAGCAGAAGAAAACGAUCGGCUACACGACGGUGACUCACUUCAACGUGGUACACGUAGACUGCCACAUGAACGCGAUCAGGCUGGCACGGUCUCGCGACGAAUGGGAGAGCGCCUCGCUCCAGAACGCCAACACGCGCUGCAAUGGCCUGCUACCCCUGUGGGGCCCGGAAGUCAGUGAGUCCUCUUUCUCAUCGUCGAUGGCACGCCACAACAACUACAUGCAGGAAUGUACGCAACGGUGUGAAAUCACCUUCGCCAGCUCGAUGCACGAUCUCAAACUGCUUCUGUGGCGUUUCGCCCAGGAAAAGAGCUUCCAUGAGGACGCCGGCGGUGGUGGCCCCCAGUCGAACAUGCACCUCGUACCGUACCUGCUGUUCUACGGGCUCUACACGUUACUCUCCUCCCGGUCGUACUCGCGCGAGGAAAUGAUCCUCAGCGGGUACAUCGGCCAGAAGCCAUCGGAACGCUGGCUCGAGAGCGCCUACGAAGCGGAAGGUCCACUCUACCUGCUGACCAUGUCGCUAGCGCUUCACACUCCGUCGGUCUGGGCGCGGCACAAGCUGGUGCACUUGAAACGCCUGAUCACGGUCGCCCACGCACGUCACGUCAGCCCGAACUCGGUGUGUAAGUUCCUCGCUCCGGCCAACGACAAGCACCCGAAGGACUACGCUAUCUACAAGCCCUACCUGAUGUUCUGGGGGCUCAACGAUUUGCUCUAUCGCAACCUGUUCCGCACCGUCACCACGCCGAAGGACGAAGAUUGGCCGAUAUCGUUGUUCAACUACAUCCGCCGCAACGACGAAUCGUUGCUCAAGACGGCCGAUAGCACGCUGCAAACGUUCACCGAGGAGUACCUACCGUGCGCAUCAUUUGGCGAGUUUUGUGAUGUUGCUGGUCUUCUUGGAGACAUUGAAAAUCCAGACGGUUGGAUGGAGGAUGUCCUGCAAGCACUUCCCUCUCCUGGUGGAGCGUCCUCUGGCACAGCCGAGGGACCAAGCAGCAGCGCGGAAUAAACAGCUUUGCGGAACAGCUCCGAAAAUGGAAAAAAAUCGGAAACUUAUCGUGCAACAAAAUGCACAGUAGAACCUAAUCGCCCCUUAUUCACAUUAUAUUACGACAACAACAACAAAAAAUAGGAUCACACUCCAUGCAAUGGUUUAUGCUAUAGUAACUCACUUCAAAAUUGGUAUUGAAUGUAGAACGAGUGAUCGAAGUGAUCAAUGCUUUCGGCUUUUACGCUAUGGAAAUAAAUUGUAAUCCAUUUCUAGCGAUAUUUAUUCAAUAAAAUAAUUCAUGCUGUAAUCAAUAUAACAGGUUAUUAAU